GAGAGGAGUUUUUGUUUUGAAGCCUUCGCGUAGACUUUGGCUAGCGAAAAAAGUUUAAUGGCGCCGUUGGUCUGUCUCAGCCAAGGCACGUUUAGUGUGUCGAAGAGGUCGCAGCGUUGAGACAAGUGAUUACACGGACUGACAACGGCCAAACGGGUCGGAAAGAAGUUGACGUUAGCUGCGCGGUUUAGCCGCUAAGCUAACACAAACAAACGAGCCGUUAAGCUAGCGGCGUCCGUUCACUCUCCCUGCUCCACCUCCUCCGAUGAAGUGCGCGCACGUGUGCGACCAUGGUGCUGCUGAGAGACGGGAUGUGUCCUGGACUGGACGAGGGCUUGGUGCGGGGCCUGCGGGCUGCCGACAUCAAGACAGUGGAGGACCUGGUGUCGUCUGACAUGGAGGAACUGGCCCAGAGAUGCUCCGUGUCAUACAAGGCUCUGUUCGCCAUCCGCCGAGUGCUGCUGGCUCAACACGCGGCUUUCCCGGUGUCGGGCGCCGAUCUCUACGAGGAGCUGUUGAGCUCCACGGCCAUCCUCUCCACCGGAAAUCCCAGCAUAGAUGGAGAAAGUUGUCCACAUCCGCACCAAACUUUAACGAGCAACAAAGCGACACGGGCGAAAGACACGACCUCCUUGACAGAAGUCAUAAUGGCAGCUUAGAUAAACUGCUGGAUUCAGGCUUGUAUACCGGGGAGAUAACGGAGCUGUCAGGAGGCCCAGGAAGUGGCAAAUCUCAGGUGUGUUUCGGCGUCGCGGUGCACAUUUCCCACCAGCUGAAACAGAACGUCAUAUACGUGGACACGACGGGGGGGCUGACGGCCGGCCGCCUGCUUCAGAUGCUCCAAGCUGAAACGAGCAACGCGGAAGAGCAGAUGGAAGCUCUUCAGAGGAUCCGCGUCUUCCGCCUGUUCGACGUCUUCUCCCUGCUCGACUGUCUGUACGGUCUUUGCGGUGGUGGGCUGCAGCGGGCAUCAGUCGGCGGCGGCUCUGUGAAGGCGGUGAUUGUGGACUCCGUGUCGGCCGUUAUCGCUCCUCUACUGGGAGGCAAACAGAAUGAAGGCAUGUCCCUGAUGAGUCAAGUGGCGGGAGUUCUCAAGACGAUGGCGAAGGACUUCAACGUCGCCGCUCUGGUGACGAACCACGUGACGAGGAGCGGCGGCGGCGGCGGCGAGGUGCAGCCGGGCCUCGGCGCGUCGUGGAGUCACAUCCCCCGGACCAGAGUCCUGCUGGAGAAGGGCGGGGACGUGCGCCGCCCCGGCCUGCGCUCCGCCACGCUCAUCAAGUCGUCCAGGCGGCCUCUUCUCAUCAAAGAGGAGUUCGACUUGAAGUGGUGGAGUCGCUCCAAAGAAGAAGGAGGAGGAGCAGCAGCCGCCGCUUCUGGAAAGAGAAAACGGGACGAGACCGAUUCCUGACGAAAGCCAAUUAAAAGCGUCCGGCCGAAGGGAGGAACGACGCGCCUCUUGCGGAUACAUUCCCAGAUCCAGCUGGGCGAGACUCUCCGGGCCUGGCUGUUCUCCUCGGGCUCGGCCAGCGUGUGCGUGGCGCCGGCGGCCUCGUAGUCCUCGACCAGGUCGCCGUCGUACGCCACGAAGUAGCGCCGCAGUUUGUCAGAGUCCUGCACGGACACGGGCAGGAAGAGCUUCACGCCGCUGAAGAUGUCCAUCAGCGUCUGCCGGGGGACACACGGACACACACACACACACACAAAAGACAGGUCAGCACGUGGUUGGGAGAUUUUUAAACAUUCCUACGUGUUUUAGAGAACCAGUUCCAGUUGGACGAAGUCGGACCCACCUUGUCGUUUCUGGGCUCCAGCCGCUGCGACGUGGCCUUCGCGCUCGCCUGCCCGUUGCUGUGGGCGACGCUCUCGCUCUUCUUCACCUGCAGGUAAACGGACGACGGGUCAGUUCAGCACCAGAACACGAGCGUCACGGUUUUCGCCUCCCGCCACGUGACUCUUACUGUACCUUCUUGGCUGAGGUCGCCUCCGGGGCGGGCGUGCGGGGCUGAGACUUCACCGCCUUCGGCUUAGGUGUGGCGCCGCCGCCAACGCCGCCUGUGAAUUGAGACAAUGUUUAUUGGUGAUGUAUUUAAUGAAGUGUAGAGUGUUGCAGGUCAAAUUAACCAUAAUCCGCACGUCUGCGCCUGAAACUGUUUUUCUAACACGUAAACUAUGUUGACUCUGCUGUGGGCGGAGCCAGUGAAGGCGAAGACCCGGGCAAUGUUUCAACUUUAGCAAAUAAAAGAAUGUGUGCUCUGACUCCACUUCAUGAAUAAAGAGUGACGGUGGGAAAAAAGAGA